AUGGGCUGGUUUGAUAGCGACUCCGAUCAGGCUCAGGCCUACGACCAGGUUGUGAACCGUCCUCACGAAGCCGAGUGGUCUCACGAACUUCUCGGAGGCGCUGCCGCCUUCGAGGCUGCCAAGGCGUACGAGAAUCACGUCUCUCGGAACGGUCACCCCGACUCGCACGCCAAAGCAAAGGAGAUUCUUGCAGGAGCCAUUGGUGCCUUUGUAGACCGCGAGGUUGAGACUAGGGGUCUGGACUAUGUUGAUCGCGAGAAGGCAAAGCACCAUGCUCAGCGACAGGCUGAGGAGCAACUUGCCCAGGAAGGCCGUUGGUAA